UUCAGCGUGAGCCGACGGGGUUGGGGAGCCACCGGGCAGAACUACGCAAACACAGCACCGCACCGGCUUCAAAGCGGAAUAUACGAGUUAGUUUUAGAUCCAGCAAAAUAGCGCUGAAAGGAUAUAACUCAAGCGACACUGAGAUCGGCGGAUCGAGCGCAGCAUGCUUUAUUUUGUUCGCCAGGUAGUAUGACGCGAUGAGAGAGGGAGAAGUCUCACGGUUUUAGUAAAAUCCAGGUGAUUUGUAUUACGUUACGCCCCGGGAGAAGGGGGAAGAGGAUGUUGGCGCUGUCAGUUCGUAGCAGUUAGCUAACUAGACUAAUAUCUUUGACUACCAAAGUAUCUUUUAACUAGCUGGCGAGAAAACGGCACAUUUCGAGGAGCUGCAAAGUGGACAUCCAUCCUUCCGCAUGCUGCGCAUAGCCAGGGAACAGUCUGAUCUCUGCAUCUGAUAUCACACAUUGACCUUCCACUCGCUGUUGCGUACUGCCUGGACUAGACCUAUGAUGAAAAUGGUGACUAAUCCAGUUUUAUAAGCUCUGUCCGCCCUGCUCACAUCAAUGACCCAGCUGGCAGCUGAUGGAAGAGAAGGCACUCAGCAAGCCCACCAUGGUCUCCAGGCUGCCUAAAUUCGGCGCCCGCGCCCAGGGUGGCACGAGCGCGCUCCCCAAUGGGACGGCCACACCUCUGCAGAGCCAGGAAGGGAAGGGGGUGGCCCCGGGCAAGCCGAAUGGGGUGGCCCGUCUGCCCUCGGCCUUCUCUCUGAGGUGGAAGAAGGGGGGCGGAAGCCCCACGGAGGGAGCGGGGCCAGAGAGGCAGGGGGAGGAGGGAAGGGCGGGGCUCCGGGCUCAGCCGCAGCAGCAGGCUCCCGCGGCCAGGGAGCUGAAAAAGCCCUCCGCCCCCGUUAGCAAGGUCCGCCGGCCUGCGCCGUCAGCCAAUCCCACCGCUCAGAGGACAAUCCCCCAGCCGUCCAGGACGGGCCCGCGGGGGGCGUCCGCACAAGCCCCCAGACCGGUCCUGAAUGGCGUAGCCUCGCGGUUCGGGCUUGGCCUGCAGCGGACGGGCUCCAACCCGGAUUCUGGCCCCAGUGCCGGCACUCACGGCGGGCUACGGGACGGCCUGUCCCAGUCCACCGACAGCCUGAAGUCCCUGUCCUCGGACAGCAUGGUGCGCUCUCAGAGCUUCACCCACUUCAGGCAGCUCCCCUCCCCCUCCGCCCAGCCCAUCACCCGCUCCUUCUCCCUCAACAGGGCGGAGCUGGCCAGGCCGCCGGCCAGCGGCCUGGUGCGUACCAAGAACCAGCUCCUCAAGCCCACCUCAGCGCCGGGCGCCCAGUGCGGCAAGAGCCCUGCCGCCCGACCCGGAGGGGGCGCCCUGAAGAAGCCCCUGCUGCCCAGCUGCUUGCCCAGCAAGUCCCCGGCUCUGGCCUACAGGCUGACCCGCCCCUCCCUGGUCAAGCAGGCACGCCCGCUCCUCGCAGGGCAAGCUCGGGGGGACCAGGGGGCGAAGGGAGGGAGCGGGGACUCCGUGGAGACGUCACCAGGCACGCCGGACCCUCCCAGCCAGGCGGAGAAGCUUCCGGCUCCGGAGAUCCACCUGGAAGAGCUGACAUCACACCAGGAGGUGGAGCUCUCAGCACGCUACCUGGGGGAGGGGCUGGAGGACAUGUCGCUGUCUUCCACCUCCUCCCUGGAGCGCAACGACACCAGCGAGGAGUACAUGGACGACUUCGAUAACCUCGGAAACGGCGGAGGCAUGCUGCUGUUUCCCCCCCACGACGACGGGGUCUUCCAGACCCAGCCUCACGCGAAUGACAAUGCCCCCACCAACGGCGAGCGCACCGCGCCCACUCAGACGCGCCUCUGUAGCUUCCUGACGGACACUGUGGACUGGGCAGGGAGGGCACUGGGAGGAGGUAAAGAGGACCAUGGGAUUCUAUGUGGCCAUGACGAUCGGUCCCAGUCCCCAGAGAGGGACCUUCCCCACGGCUCCUCGCUGGACCUCUCCCCCUCAGACAGCUCGGGAGGCACCUACAUGUGGGAUGAGGAGGGGCUGGAGCCCCUGGGCACCACCAUACACCCCUGCGGGAGCUACGACUCUGAUCUCAACAGUCUGGACAUCCUCAACAACUUGGACAACCUGGAGUCAUGUGACUUGGAAGACGAUGACCUCAUGCUUGACGUGGACCUCCCCGAAGACGGCUCGCUGCACAGCGACGCUGACGGGAUGUCCCAUUUCGAGCGCACCGAGAGGGGGGGCCGGCAGGGACACUGGAGGAGGCGGCAGCACCGGUGGAGCGGACCGGACCACUUCCACAAUGAUAACAGGGGAGGCGGCUUUCAGCAGUUUGACGGGCGCUCCAGUCCAGGGACGGGGAAGGCUGGGACUCAUCCGCUGCAGGGGCGGCACGAUGGCCACAUGGUGGCGCUGGACGAGCUGACCCUUAGACACAUGGCCGAGGACUGCACCUCUGUUAAAUCACAGCUGCUCAAACUGAAGAAACUUCUGCAGAUGGAGGAUGGAGGUACGAUCCAGGAUGCUCUGGAAUUGGGAGUCUUGAGUCCGGAACCCAGGGAAGACCCCAGCGCUGCCCUGCAGGUGGAGGAGCUGUUGAAGGAGGUGCAGGAGCUGAGGCAGGAGCUGAGGGAUAAAGAGAAGACCAUCAGUCAUCUGACCCAGCAGCUGGCCAUUCCCACACCACCCCCCACCUGCCAGUGCCAGCACAGGAGGCCGGAGGCCCGAGGGGAGAGGCGCAGCCACCACGACAAGGCCACCCAGACGCCCUGGCGAGGACACGCGCCUCAGGUACUACAGCCUCCCAGCCCCUGGCCCAGCGAAUGCCUCACCCAGGGAAGACUAGCAAGAACAGCCCCCACCGCGGACCCCAGUGAGCGCGCCCGCGCCCGCGCCCCCACCGGGGGCGAGCGUCCCCGCCCCGUCUCCUGCCCGGACGCCUCCGUCAGCCUGCUCCUCCGCUCGCACCUCAGGCUCGGAGAGGGCGAGGAGGGCGUCCGUCACCCUGGGGCCCAGCCCAGGCCCCCCACGACUGCCCCUCCUCCGGACAGAGACCACGCCCAGGGCCGGCCCCGCAUCCUGCAGUCCCUCCGCCUCCACAAGAAGGUGUCCGUCCCCACCCUGCCCCAAGAGGGCGCCGGCCCCCUCGCUGCGGGUGGAUUUCCCGGAGAGAGGGCCGUGGAAGGCAGGGCCAACCCCAUGCCGGGCUCCGCCGCGCUGCUGAAGAAGAGGCAGUUGCCGCCUCCGUCCCGGGGACUGCCCAGCUUCAGCUCGGCGUCCCAGGCCUCGGGCUUGGCCCGGGCCCCGACCCUGCUCGCCCCGCCUCGAACCCUGGGCCUCAGAGAACCGGAGAACGGUUUACCCAAAGCCGGAGGUCUUAUCCCUCCCAAUCACUCACGUCUCCCCAAACCAAAGAUCCACUGACUCUCCUUACAGGCACGCAACGCGCCCCAAAAAUCCUAGGUGACCCAGCGUACUCCCAGCUCCCCCAGAGCAAUUUGGCUGCUUUUGGCUGCUUGCAGGGGGAACGAAACGUGUUCCUACACCUCUUAUUUAGACUUUAAUCUAUUGCUUAACUGAGUAGAAAAUCGGAUUCUUAGAAUAACACGCAUUCAAUGCCACCAGUAAAAUUGGCUGCAUAAAUCUGUAAACAAGACAUAUCUUUUGAAAAGGAGACAGCGCCCGGUGCCGAGCACUGUAUAUGGUUGUGUCUUCCCUUGAAGGAUGAACAUAACUCAAUGCAGAAUACACAAACAGUGCAUUACUGCCCAAUCUAGCUGUCACUGUGGAAAGCAAGUGCGAUUUUGUCCUGAGCGGGAGAAAGGAGUAAGGAAAUAUUAUUUGUCUUAGUCGCGUAUGCAAUUAAUGCUAUGCCUGAAAGCGCCUGCCUGUCUCCGUGAAUGUUUACUGUGAAGUGUUUUUCACGGGGGGGUCAUUAAGGAAGCCCCCGGAUCCGUGGGGUUGGAAGAGUUUUGAGAGCCAGCCUAUUUGUCUGUGUCAGACGCCCCAAAAGCAGCGCCUGUCCCGCAAGAGGAGGCGGGGGGGGCUGCCCUUGGGCCGUGGUCUGACGACAGGCGUGGGCGGUCGCAAUCCGUAAACCCCGAGGGCGCUUUACAAACUCCAUGCUGUUGUCAGGGGGGGUUCAGAGCUUCUUUUCGGGCCAAGCUGCGGGCGUUGAGAUGACCCCCGGGGCAUGCCCUAGUCAGCCAUAACUCCGCCACGAUUGCUUUUGCGCCGGAACGCAUUCAUUUCACAUACGUGUUCCGGGCGAAACCGCGGGGACGGGCUUUCUGCGAGCUUAGCGCGGCCGUGUUGCGGGGAGGAGGGGCCGAUCAAGAUAACAUUGUAAAAGCGUGUUGUAAGCCUUGGAGGAAUUAAACCUCUUAAUGCGCUCCCAAAGGUGGUCUUAUAAAGAGCUUUUCUGAAAGUGCGGAAACUUGUCUAAUUCGGUACACUCGGAUACAUUUCCCCAAGCAGAAGCUGUGUGAUGUGAAAUGCAGUUUCUCUCUCUCUCUUUCUCUCUCUUUUUGUGUCUGUGAGAUCUCUGCCGCAGCUCGUGAGUUCAGGGAUCUGGCUCUCUUGAGAAUCCGUGCAUGUGCAAUGCUACUGCAGGGGUCAAGCAAUUUCUAACAUCUGCGCGUUUUCUUUUUUCUUUAUUUUUCAUUGUGCCUCUCUCUAGUGCGUUCUUCUGUGGACCACCGGCGUGUCAGCGUGUGGCCCGAGUGCUCCGGCGGUGGCGGCUCGCCAGGCGGCCGUGACUCACCUCUCCCCGAGGAGGCCUGUGCGCUGUCGGCCUUCUCCCCCCGAGAGGCGGGCGAGCUCUCCUGCUUUUCAAGAGCCUUGGCCUUUGCACCGCGGCCGCCCAUGUGUAGGUCCUCUCCGAGAUGAGAGAGCGAGAGAGAGAGAGAAAGAGAGAGAGAGGAAGCGGCAGGAGCCUUAAAUAGUCAUGCUUUAAAAAAACUCCCCUCUUACCCAACACUGAGCCUCACCGCCACGUGGCUGACCCCACCCCCUAACCCCCCCCCCACUUAUUGUUUCCAGAGAGGUGGUGGGGAGGCGGUGGAGCGUGGAAGCAGCUGGAACGUCACAGGAUUACCCAUGCGCUCAUUGUCUUCCCCCCCGGCAGCGUGAACACAAGCAUAUUUUGUAAUCACUUCCUUUCGCCGCCUUCCUUUUCCCUUAAUCCAGCUGCAUUGUCCCCGGCAUCAUGGGGCAGAGCGCGAGGCCAGCGAACCCCGUUUGGUGUGCUGCCGGGGGCGGUGCUUUUUAUGACGCCGUUGCCACAGACUCAGCUUUUUUAACUGCGGGGCGGGGCCGCGCGUCUCUGGUUUUUCCGAGUCGCUAGACGCUGACCCCAGACCUGUGCCUGCGCGCACGUGUGCCUGCAUUGCGAGACUGGAGGUACUCCACGCUUCUCAGACUGCACUGGUUUAAGGGAAGGGGCACUCCAAAGCAGGCACUGACGAGCGCAUUUAGAGGGCAGUUGUUCAAGGUAUUUGAUUGCCAGCUUCCUGUCAGAGACUUACGAGGGCAGAUGGUUUUUGGUGACGAUUCUAUUAAAGCUUUUUUUCUAUGCAAUGUAAAGGUAUGCAAAGGGACCGGCGGGUGAGGGUGAUGAAGGCAGGCCGUUAUGGUUUUAAACAUCCCCUGCCCUCUUCUGCAGGGAUGAUGACACCACAGUUAGCCUCAAGGUAACUGCCAUUCCCUGCCACAGCUCCUGACUGAGGCUGCACAUCCACCCCCCGGUCCAUGCCCUCUCGAGCGGGCUCAUAACAAAUGCAGCGCAGCGCCCCUGCGAUUGGAGGGAUAAUCAGGGCCUCACUCCGCUCUGCUAGGCCUGAUUGCCUCCCGCCCCCCCUUAGCAGGUGCUGCGGUCUUAAAAGGCUGCCGAGUGCAAUUAGUGGUGGACCGCUGUUUUACAGCGAUGGUAAAAACCCCCCCCAACUGCUACUCAUGGUUAUAUGCGUACACUUCCUUUAAAAGCCUCCCUGACUACGCGGGGGCCCGUGGCUGAGGGCUGAGUCCGAGCUCUGUGGCGUUUCCUCAUCUGUCUGCGCCACUCGAGCAGGAAACGGUGCGGGUCGUCUCCGCCUCCACCUCCGGCUCCGUCUCCCGUGAGACCCGCAGUUAUCAUCGACAGUGAUUAGCGACGGGGGGGGGCAGGACGGAGCUCGUUAGCUUCCCCCCGACGCCCGCUGAUGAGAUGGAGACCCCCGCCACGCGAUAAUCCCUGCAACCGGGUUUAACAACACUUCUGCUCUAAAGUGCUUCCUUCCCGCCACAGCCCUACUGUUCCUUCCCGUUACCUUCCCCGUACCGCAUUUACUCCCUUUCUAAAUGCCGGGUUCCCUGCUGCGGUGUGAAGGUGCUAGCCUGUCAAAGUACGCCGAUGCAUCGCGGGGAUAUUGUCCUCCUUAUUUAAGUCUUAAUUAAGUCUUAAUGAAUUAAGCCAUUAAUUAGAUCUCUAAUGCAGAGUGCUGAACAGAGGGCUCUGGAUCUGCAGUCUUGCUCUGACUGUAUUGAAUCUUGAUAAUUUUUCAGGAGGGAUGUCCCUUAGAACCCCCCCCCACCAAAAAAAGAAGAAUAAAAACAAUAGAGGAAUAAAUAAUAAAUAAGAAGAAAACAUGCUCCUGACUUUGAGAGGAUCAGGAUUUAUUUAUACGGUUUUGUGAGGCUUUAGAUCUGUUAAGCAGCAUGCUGAGUUUCGAAUGAAGAACAUGCGCUUGGAGGACUGAAGCCCAGAGCAGCGAAGUUAUACGAUGCUCUCCGAAAAGUUGCAGGCACUGCACCAUACGUCUGAGCCCUCAUACGCCACAAAUGUCUGCAUUGUGGGUGUGUCUGUGGGUAUGUGUGUGGGUGUGUGUGCAUGCGUCUAUGUCUGUAUGUAUGUGUCUGUGCCUGUGUAUGAAGAUGCUGCUGGCCUCCGUGACUGGGCCUCUCGCCUAAGAGAAGAAUCCCAGUCAGAGGUUCGCCAUUAAUUUCCUCGGUGGUUAUUUAAAAGAGCUUGAGCUUGAAAUGGUGAACGGUCCAAUUUAGAAAAUAACAGCUAAAGCAGCGGGAGAUGUUUGCUCCUCAUUAUCAUGUGCCGCCUUGAUGCUCAUUGUCUCAUUAGAGCCUUAUUUACACUUCCCCUUGCUCUUCCACGGUGUAGUGUGAUGUGGGAGGCAGGCCCCUCCCCUCGACCUGUCAAUCACUUCGCCACUGUCCACACCCUGCUUGGUCAGGUGUGCCUCUGAAGUAAGAGGUGGGAACACUGUAAGUUUGUUGUCAGCCUUAGGAGAAGAGAUGGGGUGGUACACAGCCGUUACGAACUUUAUAAUGUACACAAGAAACGCACAGAAUGCUUGCACAAACUGGGAGAGGGAGAGGAUUUUGGGAGGCCCAGGUGAAGAUGGUGCACAAGGAGAGUUCUGGGGUGCGUCCUGUGGGUCUGGACAGUUCCGUCCUGCACAGGUCGGACAUGGGCCUGGCCCGCGGCGUGUUUCUGUACCACUCUGGCUGUGCCUAAGCUUUGUGAAUGCAUCCAGUCUGUCAGUAUUGUAUGGGCCCCAGGACUGAUGUGCUCUGUAAGUGCCACACUUGCACUAAUCUGAGCUGCGUAAAUGCUCAUUUUGAGGGCAGGAGAGUCCAAAUGUGCAGGAAACUCUCUGACAGCUUACAAAGACCAUGAUGUGUUAGGGGAUUGUAUUGCUGAGUUAAACAGAAACACAUUGUCCCACCUGAUCAUUUCAAAGCCACAGCCUUGUCCUGCUGCGUUCUCCUGUACAUCCCUGUUAAUUUAUGUUUUGUGCAAUACUGGAAGAAACCCAUUGUCUAUAUAAUUAUAAAUGUAUAUUGUCAACACUAUAUAUGUAAUAAUUGUCACUAAGUUGUAAACUUGUACAAAAAAAAAAAAACAUCUCAGAAAUGCACUUUAACUGAUGUUAUUGGGAGCUGGAGUGAAAAGAAACGGCGUUGGAUUCUGGUUUUUGUUUUUAUCCGGUCUUCUUCCCCCCCCUGUAUGUUUGGUUCAUGUUGAGACGAUGUGUUGGAGAGACUAAAUAAAGA